AAGCAUCAACUUCAAAUUGUAUCUGAAAGAUCAGCCGAGGACCUUAGGGCAGGCGCAUCAGUCGGAGCUCAAUUGUUGAUCAGAUCACAUCUGAGGGAUUUAGGAGGCGAGAUUGGAGGGAAGGCGCCCCGCCGAGUCCGUCCACACGCUGCUGUUUCCUCCUCCUCCUCCUCCUUCAAGAUCUCCUUCUUCAAGAGAGAGAGAAGCGACGAAGAGGAAAAGCCCAAAGCAGAGAGGGCUUGAGCGGGUGGCCGCCCCCUCCCCUCCGAGUUUCGCAAAGAGAGAGAGAGCGAGAGAGAGAGCGGUAAGAGCUCUCCUCCUCCUCCUCUUUCUCCGGCAUGUCCUUCCCUCAGCUGGGCUACCCGCAAUACCUCAGCGCCAGCUACGGCGGGAGUGACCGGCCCGGGGUGCUGGCCGCCGCCGCCGCAGCCGCCGCCGCCGCCGCUGCUGCUUCAGGCCGCCCCGGAGGAGGAGGCGGCGGCGGAGGAGGAGGCGGCGCAGAGCUGAGCGGCGGAGGAGGCUCCACGGCGGCCGUCACCUCGGUGCUGGGCAUGUACGCCGCCGCCGCUGCCGCCGCCGGGCCCUACAGCGCCCCCAACUACAGCGCCUUCUUGCCCUACACCGCCGACCUCAGCCUCUUCUCGCAGAUGGGCUCCCAGUAUGAGCUGAAGGAGAGCCCUGGCGUCCACCCUGCCACCUUUGCUGCUCACACCACCCCGGGCUACUACCCCUACGGGCAAUUCCAGUAUGGGGACCCAGGGAGGCCCAAGAACGCCACCCGAGAGAGCACGAGCACCUUAAAGGCCUGGCUGAACGAGCACCGCAAGAACCCCUAUCCGACCAAAGGCGAGAAGAUCAUGCUGGCUAUCAUCACCAAGAUGACCCUCACCCAGGUCUCCACCUGGUUCGCCAACGCCCGCCGACGUCUCAAGAAGGAGAACAAGGUCACCUGGGGGGCGCGGAGCAAAGAGGACGACCACAUCUUCGGCAGCGACAACGAGGGCGACCCGGAGAAAAACGAAGACGACGAAGAGAUCGACCUGGAGAGCAUCGACAUCGACAAGAUCGACGAGAACGACGGGGAGCAGAGCAACGAGGAGGAAGAGGAGAAAGUCGAGCUCUUGCGGCAACGAAGCGAGGAAGAGGAGCAGCUGGAGAAGAAGGGUUUGGACGGACUGAAAGCCAAAGAGGGGAAGGAGCCCUUGGACAACCCCACGCGCAUCCUGAGCCCUAGCAGGCAGAACAACCUCCCAGGCCCGCUCCACAACAAGCCCAAGAUCUGGUCCUUGGCAGAGACGGCCACCAGCCCGGACGGGGCCACGCUCGGCAAACCCGCGGCCCCUUCGCCCCCCUCCCAGGUCAACCACGCCUCCGCGCAGCUCCAGCACCCGGCUUUUCUCCCCAGCCAUGGACUGUACACUUGCCAGAUUGGGAAAUUCCACAACUGGACCAAUGGGGCCUUCCUCGCCCAGAGUUCCCUCUUAAACGUGCGGUCCUUUUUGGGAGUUAAUCACCACCACGCCGCCGCUGCCCAUCACAACCACCCCCUCCCAUCCCAGCAGCAGCAGCAGCAGCCCUCGGUAUUGACCCUCAGCGUUGAGAAGGCUUCAGAGAGGACCAGCCCCAAACACAUAGAAAGAGAAAACCUACCAAGGACUGACUCUCCGCCUCAGCAGUUAAAAUCUCCCUUUCAGCCUGUCCGGGACAACUCUUUGACUCAGCAAGAGGGAACAUCGUGAAUUUUAACAGCGCUCCCUUCUGCUUGAUUAAAUGGGUUCUCCUCCCCCUCCUCUCUCUCGUUUUGUUUUGAUUUUUUUUUUGGUGGAAAAGAACAUUUUACAGACUGAUUAAAGGACAAAACAAAGACUCUAAAUGACUUCCCUCCAUCUCUCUCUUUUUUUGCAAUAAGGAGACACCAAUCCACUUUAAAUAUAUAUAUAUAUUUUCCAACUCCCCAACUGGAUUCCCCCUUUCCCCCAUUUUUUUUCUGUUGUUCCCUUUUCAGGAUGGUGUAAUUCUAACCCACGAUGAAGAUUUCCCUCAUGUGUUUGUGUUAUUUUUUUCCUUCUUCUGUAUAUAAAGCGAUUUCGAAUUGUACAUAGUGCCACAGCGAAACAAAACAAAACAAAAACUUGUCUAAAAUCGUAUAUUUUUGUCUAAUAAACAAAAUGAAAUGA